CACACUUAUUACUCACUUCACUCACUCACCUCUAGUCCUUUUUGUAGUCGCCCAUCUCUCUCUCUCACACAUACACACACACACACACACCAUCACGAUGGCCGCCACCCCCGCAAAGGUGCCCGAGGGCAUCGACCUGUACUCCCGCUUCGCCCUCGCCGGCGCCCUGGGCUGCUCCGUGACGCACGGCGCCUUCACCCCAGUCGACGUCGUCAAGACCCGCAUCCAGCUAGACCCAAAGACCUACAACCGCGGCAUGGUGGGCGGCUUCCGGCAGGUGAUGCAGCACGAGGGCGCCGCCGCCCUGCUGACGGGGUUCGGCCCCACCUUCACGGGCUACUUUGUCCAGGGCGCCUUCAAGUUCGGCGGCUACGAGUUCUUCAAGAAGCAGGCCAUCGACCUGCUGGGGAUCGACGCCGCGCGCCGGAACCGCGCCGCCGUGUACUCCGUCUCGGCGGCCAGCGCAGAGUUCUUUGCGAGCAUCGCCCUGUGCCCGCUCGAGGCCACGCGCAUCCGGCUCGUGUCGACGCCCGGGUUCGCCAGGGGGCUCGUGGGCGGGUUCGGCAGGAUCCUGAGGCAGGAGGGCGUGGGGGCUUUUUAUUCUGGGUUUGGGCCUAUUCUGUUCAAGCAGGUCCCCUACACGGUAACAAAAUUCGUGGCCUUCGAGAAGAUCUCCGAGGCCAUCUUCGUGCAGGUCGACAAGUCCACCCUGUCCAGCGGCGGCCAGACGGCCGUCAACCUGGGCUCGGGCCUCCUCGCGGGCUUCGCGGCGGCGAUCGUCUCCCAGCCCGCCGACACGAUGCUGUCCAAGAUCAACAAGACGAAGGGCCUGCCCGGCGAGAGCACCGCGUCGCGCCUCGUCAAGAUCGGCCGCGAGCUCGGCGUCCGGGGCUCCUUCGCGGGCCUGCCCACGCGCCUGUUCAUGGUCGGCGGGCUGACUGCGGGCCAGUUCGCCAUCUACGGCGACAUCAAGAAGGCCCUUGGCGCUACGAAUGGUGUUGAGAUUGCCAAGUAGGCGGACGAUACGGCCUGGAUAGAAUACACGGACGGCGUUGAUGCAUGGGGGACUAACUAGACGGCUCAGCAGAGAGAUCCGACGAGUGGGGAUCAGCAUUGACGGCGUCAACAUUGGCCAAUGCGUACCCUCUCGCGCUUUUGAGAGGGGGCGGUACUGUAGACCACCCGUGGCCCUUGCAUUUGCAUUAGAUUAUUACCUGUAGACAUGUUUCUCAUUACGGACGGACGAGUACAUUGGUGGCAUGCGCAAGUCCGUGGACUGGAAUAUGCGUUGAUGGAUCAAUAAUUAACCCACAAUACUGCGAGGUCAAUGGACAAUAUCUAAUGGUCCUUCCCUUCCUGGCUGAUGUUCA